AGUGCGCGGGGGAUUAUUAGCUUGCGCAGAUCCUUCCUCUCGGGAACGCGCACAGCUGCCUGCCUGUCUCACCUGUGAUGGAUUUAGAUGAAGCUUUGAAGCUCGUCGGAGAGUUUGGGCCCUACCAGAAACGAGCGGUGGCUGUCCUCGUCCUGACUCAGGUGUACAUGGCCUGUCAGUCCAUGCUCAUCGUCCUGGUUGGAUUUACACCGGAGUACCGCAUUGAGCAGCAUCAGCAGCAGGACGGCGUCCCUGUAAGCCAGCAUGUCACCUUUACAGAGAACGUCGACUCCAUCGUGACUGAGUGGUUCCUCAUCAAGCAGCAGGCCUACAAGGUCAGCCUCGCCGGGUCGCUCUUCUUCGCCGGGCUUCUAAUCGGGAACGUCGUCUUUGGGCCUCUCUCGGAUAAGAUUGGCCGAAGACCCGUUUACCUGACAGGCCUGUUCUUUGAGGUCGUCUUCGGCUAUGUGACCGCCUUUGCGUCCAGCUAUGAGGUCUUUGCUGCCUCUCGUUUCCUGGUGGGGCUGAUGAACGGCGGCAUCGGACUCGUUUGCUUCGUCCUCACGCAGGAGUACGUGGGCAAGUCCUACUGGGCCAUGACGGGGACACUGACCAGCAUGACGUUCGCCGUCGGCAUCGCCUUGUUCGGCGCUGUGGGCUACUUAAUCCAGCCGUGGAGGAGCUUGGCGACGGCGGCCAACUCGUCCGGCGUGCUCUUCUUCCUGCUGUCUGUCUCUCUUCCAGAGUCUCCUCGUUGGCUGUACUCCCAGGGCCGGGCGGAGCGAGCUGAGGAGGUCCUGCGUUUUAUGGCGAGCAGGAACGGCAACGCCGUGAAGCACCUGAUGCUGCAGCGCGUCGGCGUCUCUAAAGCCGGUAACCACAAAAGCCGAGGCGCCGGCAUCCUGCAGCUGAUCAUCCACCCGGUGCUCCGCCUGCGCACGAUGGUGCUCAUGUAUGUGUGGUACGCCUGCAGUCUGGUGUACUAUGGGCUGACUCGGGCAGGCGAAACGUCUGGUAGCCGGUACGUUAAUGUGGCGAUGUACGGCCUCGUGGAGCUGCCAGCCUACCCACUCUGCAUAUACUUCAUCAACAAACACUGGGCUGGGAGGAGGAAAAGCAUGGCAAGCUUCCUGUGUCUGGCUGGCUCCGCCUGCCUCUGCACCACCUUCAUUCCUGAAAAUGCAGGAGCUUUGCUGAGUGUGACGUCUUUGGCACUUGUGGGAAAACUGAUGGUCAGCGCAGCGUUCAACAUCGCCUACGUCUACACCUCCGAGCUCUACCCCACCGUCAUCAGGAACGCCGGGCUGGGAGUUUGUUCCAUGUCCUGCAGAGUUGGAGGAAUCCUGGCACCGUUCGUUCCUUCCAUGCGGGCCCUCCAUACCUCCAUGCCCUUCACCGUGUUCUGUCUGAGCGGCCUGUCGGCGGGCUGUUUGGGCCUCCUGCUGCCGGAGACCCUGAACAGACCAGCAGCAGAGACGCUGGAGGAGCUGGGCAGCCCGGGGCUCGGCCGAGUGCUGGAGAGCAAGCCUCUGUUGUAUGAAGAUGAAAGCUGCGCAUCGACUCACAAAUGAAGCCGCGGCCUCGUCUUCAUCGCUCAGAACCGCAAACUGUCCCGUUAAUUAACGGUUUCUGAGCCAUCGUUCACCUCGGGAAGCGAAGAUGCUCUCAGCUGACCUCGUAUGGAGACGCAGCAUCACGGUCGAUUGUCCGCCUUCGUUUCACUUCCUGAACGCUGCGGCGGCGAAUUUAGAGACCGAGGGCUGAGAGUCAUGAUCCGCUUUACAUUCCAGAUCCUGACAAUUUAACAAGAGCGACCAAAAACCUUUGACAGCUCCUGAAGCCCGACAGCAUUUCUUCCAGGGACAUUUUUAGACUUCUGCUGCUUCUCAGGAGGAAAUGUGUUAAAGACCCACCGCACCAGAGGACACCAGCUUACAGUCACUACAGUUUACACAUAAUUAGAUUAUUUAUGUCGUUUCACUCAGACGGCUGCAAUUUUCUUCCAGACAGGAACUAUUAUUAUUAUUUUACUCUGACUUAACGUCAGGAAGAAGGUCUAAAAGAAAACACUAAGAAAGCCGUGAAAAGUUUCUCUGUGGUCAGAAACGUCCAAAUGUUUCAGGCUCAGACGAUCCAUCAGCUUUUCUUACCUGGAUUUAUUUAAACUCUGCACACAAAUAAAAACCAGGCUGGUUUAAUUUAAUUAAAUAAUCAAACUCACUUUUAUUUAAAGUUUUACAGAAAAAUUUUAAUGGAUUAAAUAAUGAAAAAGAACUAAGUGUAAAUAUAUGAACUGAGCAGCUGAAGCUCAGCUUUCUGUUUUUCUACCACGACUCAGCCGAGCAGCGACUUCGCUUUCAAAGGUUAAAGUAGAAAGUUUAAACUCCUGGAGUCAGCAGCUCAUGAGAAACCUUGUUGGAUCACCUCGCAUAUUUCCAGACAUGUGAUGAGCAGAAACCAAACUAAAGCUCACAUCUUUCCUAUUGGCUGCCCCUCAUAAACACAGGCUUUAACCCCCCGAUCCUAAAACGGCAGCUUUCAACAUGUUUUCACUGGUUUUGGUUUGUUUGGUUGUGGGUUUGAUGGUGGACGAUCUUCAGGCAGCUCAGUUUUCUAUGAAUGGAUUAUAUUCCCAUCACUUUAAUUCACAGUAAUCAUUAUAGUUUUUAUUAUUAAGCCAUUAGAACUGCAGAGCUGUGGAAUAUGUAGAACAGGCCAGGGGAAGAUGUUUGGUCCUGGACCAAUCGUGUUUGAGUGUUCGACUGCAUCCAUACAUAUCUGUGUGGGGACAGAAAAUUUACAUUUAUAGAUUCAUUAAUAAAAAUGGAGAGUGGAUGGAGCAGGAAGUCUGUGCCAGGAUGUCGGCUUGGUACACGGGAACGACCCAGACGUUAUUCAUUGUUCCCAAACAGCAGCUGAUGGUGAUCAUGUGAUCGCCUGUGGGCUUAGAGUGUUUUCAGGUGU